CUGCCGCAAGCCCUCUACGCGCGCCCGAUGUCCACGAACAAGCCUCCCCCGGAGAAGCGCGCUGAGGAGAUCAUCAACAACCUCCCCUCGAAGCCGAGCCUAGUCACGAAGACGGGCACCGCGCUCCUUGGCACGGGUCUCGCGGCUGCGGCGAUCUCGCAGGAGCUCUACGUCGUGAACGAGGAGUCGAUUCUCCUCGCGGGCACGAUCAUUCUCUUCACCUUCCUUGCCAAGUCCAUGCGCGAGCCGUUCGGCAACUGGGCUCAGGGUGCCGCUGACCGCGUUGCGAACGUCCUCAACGAGGCCCGCGCGGAGCACACGAACGCGGUGAAGGAGCGCUUGAACGCCGUCGCGCAGAUGAAGGACGUCGUCUCGCUCACCGAGGGUCUCUUCGCGCUUUCCAAGGAGACUGCCAACCUCGAGGCGGAGACCUUCGUUCAGAAGCAGAAGGUCGCGCUCGCCGCCGAUGUCAAGGCCGUCCUCGACAGCUGGGUCCGCUUCGAGCAGCAGCAGAAGGAGAGCGAGCAGGCGGACCUCACCAAGACCGUCAUUGAGCGCGUCCUUGCUACCCUCCAGGAUGAGAAGACGCAGAAGGACAUCCUUACCAGCGCUAUCGCCGAGGUUGAGCAGCUCGUCAAGGCGAAGGCUAUCUAGAUGGCUGAAUCCUUGUAAUACUCAAUUAGCAUCUUGCGAGUUCAGUCGUUUGUGCGAAUCUUCAUUCUCUAGAGCGUAUCUUGAGGGCAGUAUAGACAGCAUCAGCGCGA